CAUCCACUAUCAUUGCAUAACAGCCCCAAAAUUUCAAAAAAGGUCAAAAAGCUUUUUGGUUUUUACGACCAAAACGCCUACUUAAUAAUGUGAGAUGUUUUGGGUAUUCCACCAAAUAGAAAAGGUGUUUCAAGAGGAGACAAACUUCUUUCUACACAGUCCACAGUGAAAAACAAAGCAAGUAAAAAAGAAAAAGCUCCUCAAUUUCGGCGCCAGAAAAGAUGGAAGUUAACGACGAUCUUCAAACCCUACUGGACGAACAACGCCGCGAAAUAGCAGCCACCGAUUCCUCCGAUUUGGACCUAAUCUUCGCCUUUCAACUCCAAAUGCAAGAGGCUAUGGAAUUAUCAAAGUACGAGCAACAAGUUAAAGACCAUGAAAAAGCUGAAGCGGAGAUGAAGAUAAUUGAAGAUGAUCUCAGCCGUCGAAUACACGAUCAAGCAUUCGCUAAGGAGAUAAUGAGUGUGCCGGAUGAUCAGUGGAAGGAGACCGGCGAUCACUUGCACAGGCCUUAUGGACAGGAAGGUACAUCGAAAGGUGCGACGACGCAAAAUGGGGAGUGUUUUAGGGUUUAUGUGAAGGGUUUGAUGGGAGAAGAUGUUGAAGAGAUAGUUGGGGUUAAUGUGGGAAAACCACUGGCUGGGAUUGGAGUUGCUGUUUGUGAUCCGAGUGGUAUAUUGGUGUUUGAAGUGAGUAAGAAUUUGGUUGAUAGUACUGAAGUAUUGACUGAUGAAAUUGUGGAGCUGAAAGCACUGAUUGAAGGGCUUGAUGUUGCUAUAAUGCUGGGUUUGAAAAGGGUUAAUCUUGUUUUGGAUAGUCAAACAAUCUUGCAAUAUGUUACAGGAAAGUUGCAUCCAAGGAAGGGUAAUACUAUUGCACUUGUUGAACAGGCAACUGCUUGUCUAAGAAAAUUUACAGAUUGUAUACCAUCUCUUGUGAGACAGAACACCAUCAACUUAGCAAUUAAACUUGCUACUGAUGCAAUAAUCUCUCAGGUUAGAGGACCAGCAGAAAAUAGCCUUCGAAAGAGCAUCACCGAGACUUGCACUAUUUGUCUGCAAGAUACUGAUAUAGAUCAUAUGUUUCUAAUUAAUGGUUGCCUGCAUUAUUAUUGUUUUUCUUGUAUGAAUAAACAUGCGGAAGCUAAACUCCUUCAAGGAAUGCUACCUCAAUGCCCUCAUGAUACAUGCAAGUCUGAAUUGAAAUUAGAUAACUGCAAGAAGUUCUUGACACCCAAGCUAUAUGAUUUGAUGAGUGAACGUGUGAAGGAAAUUACCAUUCCUAUCACGGAAAAGAUUUACUGCCCAAAUCCUAAGUGUUCCACGUUGAUGUCAAAAGCUGAUGUCCAAAUUUCUGCCCAAGGUGGGGCCAGAACAUGCACAAAAUGUCACCUCAGUUUCUGUAUCAAUUGCAGAGUUCCUUGGCAUCAAAACAUGACUUGCUUUGACUAUAGAAGAGCUAACCCAUACUUGUGUGUAGAAGAUGUGAAGCUCAAGUCUCUUGCCACACAGAGUCUUUGGCGUCAGUGUGUAAAGUGCAACCACAUGGUGUCUCUUGGUGAAGGUUGCUAUCAUAUUUACUGCAGAUGUGGUCACGAGUUCUGUUAUAUAUGCGGAGCUGAGUGGAAGAACAAGAAAGCAACAUGUUCCUGCAAAAUAUGGGAUGAACGAAAUAUCAUAUAUGGACAAUAGACACCAACCAUGGAGAGGCUGAUCAGGAUAUAGCCAUUCCUGUCUAUUUUGCACCUGAAUAGUAAUUUCACUUUCAUAUGCCUAAGACCUUGCUGGACAUAGUUAAUUGGUUUCUGCACUAGUGGAGGUAGUAAGUACUUCGUAGAAUAGUUGAGGCGAGCCCAAGUUGGAUCAGACACCACCUUUUGGAAAAGG